AUGGAUCAGAACCAGCCGGGCAGCGAGACUCAGAACAAAGAUAACAUUGAUCAGAAGAUGGGGAAGCGUCAUGAUAGGAAGGCGACGAACGGAAAUCGUUCGCUUCUCCACCUGGUAGCCGAGUCGGUAUCUUCAGUCGACUCUGCGGACCGUACAGAAAUCUCCUGGAAAACAUCACUGCAGGAAGGGAGGUCCCUAGAGGUUCACGGCCGAAGUGUAAGAGUGAAGCAUUCUGGGAUAUACUCAAUAUACAGCCAGGUCUUCUACAGAGACGUGACCUUCACUAUGGGCCACUUAGUGCUACGCAGGUCAGAUUACGGUUCUGGAGAGAGUGAAACCCUUCUAAGCUGUGUUCAGAGUAUGCCAAGUGAUGACGAGUUGGCUUAUAACACUUGCUACACUUCUGGAGUCUUUCGACUGAACAAAGGAAACUCCAUCACACUUGAAAUACCGCGUAGAAAUGCCACUCUGGUUACCCAACGUCAGGCCACCUUCCUUGGUUUCAUCAAGCUGUAACAACCACCAGAAUUAAACAUUUUUCAUGUCACUGCCAACCGACGGAA